AUGGUGUGGCUCGAUGAUGAGAAUGAGCGCCCCGACAAAAGCUACUUCUUUCUUUUCUGGCUGACGACAACGAACGGUCGCAAGUUCCAUGUCACCUUGGCUCCCAACUUUCGCUUGGGCGAGACAACUGGUAUCUUUAGAGUUGAGGACCUCGAGGACUGCUCGUGGACCGGGGCCACAGUAUUCGGCCCUGGUAGCGGAAACACCAAGUACCUCGACUUCCGUUCUGAAAUCCAAAACCUCACUAGCCCCAGAGGAGGCGAUAAUUACACUAACCUCCACAUUACUACGGACUACGCUGGAGUGGUGCUGGACGUACACAUGAACCCCACCGGGAAGAAUCUAUACAUCGGCGGGAAUGGCGGUGUUGCCCUCGGCCCAAGGGGAAGCAAUGACUAUAGCGUCCUUAUUCCCGGAUGGUCUUGGUAUUGGGGUAACCCUACGCUCCACCUUGAAGGUACAAUUACCUUCGAGGGGGAGAAACUCGAGAUUGAUUGCGCCGAGUCUCGUGGCUAUUUUGAGCGCCAAACCGGUAACUUCGGAAUCAGCGGAGGACACUGGGGUUUCUGGCUCUACCUUUCAAACGGCCUCUUCGUCCACGGCUGGGUGGUUACUCCGACCAUUGAAAAUCCGGCGGGGAAGGAGGCUUGGGCAACGGUGUGGCAUCCGAACGGUAUGACCGAAGUUCUUGAGGUGGACAAUACCACCUCCGCAUGGAACAUCUGGAAGAGUGAGGCCACGGGAAACAACUACUUCCAGGACUUUCGUCUUGAUCUCUCCCAGCGCCAAGCUAGCAUCAACCUACACCAGCUUAUCAGGAAGAGCGAGAUCACCCCUCUUCCCGACACGCGUGGCUAUAACAUCACCGAAGCCUACGGUCAAGGUGAUGGAAUCUGGGAAGGACAGAAUGUUACGUGGUGGGGUCAUAUCGAGCAGUUAUCCUAUUGGUAA